CUUGCGUCUCCUUUAGAGAUUUGCGUCUGUUAGGCGCAUGAAUGCCAUAGUUUAUACCACAUGCCAACUCCGAGCGCCCCUGAAAUACAUACAAUUACGGAUGGCCCCAAUACUUAAACAUCCCCUCAUCUUAGCUUCUUUUGUUCAGAUAUACUUUUUCGCGCGCCAUCCACCUACCACUUACCCCCAAUGCUUAGUUUGAAAUUUAUCGCUUCAUGCCUUCUUCUUUUCCCAAAGAUUGUUCAACAGUUGGCGUUUCACUUCACAGUGGGCUCAAACAUUCGCUGUUUGGAUGUCAGAACCUUGCUCAGGUGUGUUUUAGUCAACCAUGCUCUGAACUAUGCAAAACCUUACGACUUAUUUCUGGCCUCUGAGCGGUGGAAUACCCUUCCAAACACCUUGGCUAAGGCGAAGAAAGCCAUUGAGCAUGAGAGGGGGUAUCGCCCUCUUCCAAACUAUGGGAAACCAUACCUGAAUAACGGUUUGGGCCAUGCAACGUGGAUUGUGGAAGCUCCAGACAGGAAGCCAUCUGACCCGAUUAUCUUUUACUUACAUGGGGGUGGCUUCUUUUUCCCAACAUUCGACAGUCAGGUGAAGGCGUUAACCUACAUAUACCGUGGCUUGCUCAAUGACAGGUUAUCCAUCCUACUUGUUGACUACUCCAUUACUCCUGAGGCCAAGUAUCCUGUCGCUUUAAACCAAACUGCGUACAUUUACAACCAAUUGGCAGUUAAGGAAGGUAACACAAACAUCACCAUUUUAGGUGAUUCAGCCGGUGGGAAUUUGGCUAUCGUGUUGAUGAAACAUAUCAAAACUCCAAUUGAAGCGAUAAUCACCACCAUCCCACCCGAGUAUAAGCCCCAAGCUGCUAUCCUUGUGUCACCCGCCACGUGUUUAGUGCCUAAAUUGAAAGGGUCAUUCGUGACUAAUGCGAAGAGCGAUAUUCUUUCCUUCAAUACCCUGGUACUAGUGGCUAAAAUGUACCACCCCGAUGAAAAACUUAGAAAGACAUUGCCUCUCAGUCCAUUGUACUCCGAGCCAUCAGAUUGGGAUGGUGUCUUCCCGGAGAAGCUUUUGGUGAUUGCUGGUGAAAAAGAGGUUCCUAUUGAUGACAUCCUUGCAUUCACCAGGGUUGCCAAGAUUAAGGAGUCUGAUGUGAGUAUAGAGCCUAAUGGUUGGCAUGAUGAGUUUAUGUUUUAUACUCACAACUACCACUUUUAUGCGAAGACAUGGUCGUACCACAAGAUCUGCGAGUUCCUCCGUAAGACAUAAUGUUUCGAAAUUAUGUACUAAUCCCAUGCAAUACCUAGGUUAAUUACAUCUAAUUAUUUAAUCCUGAAUUGUUUCUUUCAUCUUUGAAAACUUUAAACUGGUAAAUACAUCUGGCUCUAGGGGGAUGAAC